CUUUCAUGAAAUCGCACCUUCAGGUUAGCAUAACGUGUUUACCACGUGCUAGAAUAUUUGUCAAAUAUUUAGCAUGCUUUUGAUUUAAGUAAACAAUUCAUUAUUUUAUAAUUGUUUAAUUUUCAUUUCAAAUCUCAAAAUGCCAAAGUUAAAAAGGGAUAAGAAAAUUUCACUCACCAAAACUAAAAAAAAAGGUUUAGAAUUAAAGCAACAAAUUGUUAAUGAUGUUCGAUCGUGUGUGGAACAGUUUAAAACCAUUAUAUUGUUUUCUGUGGAUAACAUGCGCAAUAACAAACUAAAAGAAAUAAGGGAAGAAUGGAAAGGUAGUAGAUUUUUCUUUGGCAAAAACAAAAUUGUAGCCCUGGCCUUGGGAAAAACACUAGAAACUGAAAUUUCAGAAGGUCUUUCUAAACUGUCAGUAAGGCUCGAAGGACAAUGUGGAUUAUUUUUUACAAAUGAAAACAAAAAUAAGGUCCUUAAAUGGAUGAAGGAAUUUGAAGAAAAUGACUAUGCUCGGGCAGGGUUUGUUGCAACUAAAACAGUUCGAUUAUCUGCUGGUCCUUUGCCAGAUUUUUCUCAUGCCAUAGAGCCACAUUUGAGGGUAUUGGGUAUGCCUACUACUCUGGACAAAGGUAUUGUAACACUUUUGAAAGAAUACACAGUUUGCAAACAGGGACAGGCUUUGACACCAGAAUCAGCUAGGAUAUUGAAACUCUUGGGAAUACCACUGGCUACAUUCAAACUAACUCCUAUUGGAGUUUACACAAAGAAACAUGGUUACAAAGAUCUUGCUAAAAGCAAUACAGAAGAAGAAACGGAAGAAAAGAUGGAAGAACAAUAGUUAAGAUUAUAAUAACAAUAAUAAUAAUUUAUUUCCUGUAAAGUGUACAUAAGUUGCUUAUAAUACUAUAAGUUUUUUAUCAGUUUCAAUAUAUAAGAGAAAGGAACGACAUCGAAUCGUAUCUAAUGUUUCGGUAUUUUGUCAAAUCUUAUGGUUGUUUCAAGAAUAAUUUCGUAAUAGUAUUCAAUUGAACAGGUAUUUAUCGAUUUUAAUAUAUGAUGAAUGGGAAUCACAUCGAAUCGUAAACCUAAACUCAUUUACCAUACAUUGAAAUCGAUAAAUAAUUGUUGUAAUUUUCUUUAUUUUUAAACAAAAAUAUCAGUAUAUGGUUUGAAGUUUUUUCUAGGAUAUCUCCAUAUCAACAGAUUAUGUUAUUUUAACUGUUUUUUCAAUUUUUCAUCCUGGACUAUUUGGAGACUGUUUACUUUUGUAAAUUCAAUUCUAAAAAAUUUUUUCAAUAAAUUAUCGGUAUCGAAUGCACCGAAAUUCAUUUUCAGAAUUUCAUGUGAAAUAUCGAUUUAUAAUUCUCUUCAUUGUUGAUGAUAGUUAUUCAAAGUUAAACUUUACAAUAAAGAUUUUCUAUAAAUUUAUAUGUCCUGUAAAUAAAUGUAAUUAGAGUGGCUGUCGAGAGAAUGGAAGUGGACGCUAUUGUCUUCUGAAUGCCUACAAAUUAUUAUACUUCUUUUUAUUCGUUUAAUUUGAUCGAGUAUUAAUCGAUGUAAAACGCCACAGUCUAUUAUUUAGUUCCGAUUUACUCAUAACAAUGUGACUACAUUUAGUCAAUCAGAUGAUAAAUAAAAUGACUUCACUCGGCAAGCCAUCACUUUUUUAUAUAGGAAAAAAAAAUAUAUAUAGGAUCAAACAUGCUUAAAUUUUAUAAGCGCACAUUUAUCUUUCUUUUUUAUUUCUCAUUGUUAUAUUCAUUAACAUAUUUAACAUAAAUUACUGUUUUUAAAGAUGGAUUUUUCAAUCUCAGUAGAAAAAUGUGUAUUAGUGAAACCGUUCCGCAUAUUCCAAAUGAUUUAUCACAUCGAAAACUGCAAUAAAUAAUCUUUCAGUUCUUUUCAACAAUAUA